CUAGUAAAAUUAGAGCAAAUGAGAGGUUUGCUGUGUAUGUCAUCAUUCCAAUGUGGCCUGAGGGUGAUCCAAAGUCUAAAAGAGUGUAGAAAAUUCUCUUUUGGCAGUCUCAGACAAUGAAAAUGAUGUAUGGUAUUAUUGCAAAAGAACUACAAAAGAUGGGGCAUCAAGACGCACAUCCUCAGGAUUACCUCAAUUUCUAUUGCCUUGGUAAAAGGGAAUGCAUCCCAGGGGAAAAUCCGGCCAGUGAUGUUGAUGCGGUUUCGAAGUCACAAAAUUUUCAAAGAUUCAUGAAUUAUGUGCAUUCUAAGGGAAUGAUAGUAGAUGAUGAAUAUGUGAUACUUGGAUCUGCUAAUAUUAACCAAAGGUCCAUGGAUGGUUCAAGAGACACAGAGAUAGCAAUGGGUGCCUAUCAACCCCAUUGCACAUGGGACAGGGAGCAUCCACGUGGCGAGACAGGACAUCUUGGGACAGUGGAUGGUCCCUUCGAUGUCCCAGAAAGUCUGGAAUGCAUAAAGGAAGUAAACAAGAUUGCUGAAGAAAACUGGGAGAAAUAUACAGCCGCUAAAUUUACAUUGCUGCAAGGCUAGUAGAUAAAGAUGGAGAAGUAAGUCCUCUGUCUGGUUACGAGACAUUCCCAGAUGUUGGUGGUCAAGUACUCGGGAAAAAUUCUUUAAGAAUUUCUAAUAUUCUAACCACCUAAGGUGAGAAAAAUAGUCAGCGGAGUCAGAAAAUGAAGUUAGCAAAGCCUG